AUGGCGCCUCUCACUUUCCCUUCCCCGGACUUCCAGCUGGAAAUCAAGAGUAAUUUCAAAGUCGAGGGUGGAUGCAAGGAUUUUGAAGCCGCCUUUGCCCGUCGAUCAGUGAUGCUAUUGCGCCGUCUGCUGGGUGAAGAACGCCUCACAGAGCUCCUCCGUGACGAAAUCACCGCCAGUGACGCCUACUGGAAAAAGACCGCCGCCGCUUCCAACGGAAAGUGGCGCGCAUCUCGCAUCCAUGUAUCUCCUCGUGGCCUCUCAGUCAAGGACUUCCACUUGUGGUUCGCGGGAGAGGGCUCUCCUGAUCCAGAGAAGAUUGCCUCCCACCCAGAGCACUGGGUUAUCUACACCGUCCCAGGCUCAACCGAUAUGUCUGUCCUGGAAACACUGGGCGACAAAGUCACGCUCUUCAACAUGAUUCUCGUUGAUGAGGUCCCGGAUUUCAUCGAUCAGGUUGCAGACCAUCCUAUCAAGAUGAAGUUCCGAGGAUUCACCGAGGGAAACACUCACAUGGUUGAAGUGUACCACCAAUUGAAGGAGCACGAGGAUGGGCAAGGAUUCGAUGCCGACCUGGCAGUUUAUUUCCCGGCUGCUGUUGAGGAUGAUCUCAUUGAAACUCAUCGCCAGCACUUGCUUGUUGAAUUCAACAAUUGGUUCCAACAAGCCUACCUGGCUAAGGCUUGA